CGAGGGAUGUUUACUUCUUAAACCCUGAAAACCCUCGCUGCAACCAUAGCUGGUAACUAGCUAGGGCACAACUCCCUCUCUCUCUCUCUCUCUCUCUCUGAGGAGUUCCAUAGAUUCCGGAAAAAAUGAAUAAUCUGAAGCUCUACUCGGAGGUCUCUCUGAAUCUCCACUUACAAUCCGAAGAGGAGCUCAUACUCUUCUCUGCAUUUGACAUUGAGCAGAAUCGCUUGUUCUUCGCUUCCUCUGCCAAUAACAUCUACGCCACUCACCUCUCCUCCAUCCAGAAUGAAAGGGCGUGGAGCAAAACCUCAAAAUCGGCGCAAGUUAAUCAAAUCGAAUUGGAUCCCGAGGACUUCAUCACUUCAUUUAGUUACCUCAUGGAGAAAGAGGCGCUCUUGGUGGGAACUGGCAAUGGGCUUCUGCUGCUGCAUUCUGUGGAUGAUAAUGCCUCUCAAGUUGUUGGCGGAGUGGAUGGUGGUGUUAAGUGCAUCGCGCCUAGUCCGGAUGGUGACCUUCUUGCCAUAACCACUGGGUCUGGGCAGGUGCUGGUUAUGACUCAGGAUUGGGAUUUAUUGUACGAGACUGCGCUGGAGGAUCUACCGGAAGAUGGCAACCACAUAUGUGAACAGCAAUUAUCUUCUAAGUUCACAUUUGAAAGCCCUAUUUCCUGGCGAGGUGAUGGGAAGUACUUUGUCACACUAGGUGAGGUGCAGGAUUCGACAUCCUUGCUUAAGAGGCUUAAAAUUUGGGAGCGACAUUCGGGAGCAGUACAUGCUGUUUCUGAAUCAAAGUCGUUCAUGGGAUCAGUUGUGGACUGGAUGCCCAGUGGAGCAAAAAUUGCAGCUGUUUAUGAUAGGAAAUCAGAAAAUGAGUGCCCCUCAAUAGUUUUCUUUGAGAGAAAUGGGUUAGAAAGAAACUUGUUUAGCAUCAAUGAGCAAACAAAAGCAACCAUAGAAUUUCUCAAAUGGAAUUGCAGUUCAGAUCUUCUUGCUGCUGUUGUCAGAUGUGAAAACUAUAACUCUGUCAAGGUUUGGUAUUUCAGUAACAACCACUGGUACUUAAAAUCUGAAGUUAGAUACCCAAGACAGGAUGGUGUGAGGUUUGUCUGGAAUCCAACAAAGUCACUGCAGUUAUUAUGUUGGACUCUUGGUGGCCAGGUUACAUCGUAUGACUUCAUGUGGAAUUCAGCUGUGAUGGAUGUCUCAACUGCGCUAGUAAUUGAUGACUCCAAGAUACUUGUAACCCCUUUUUCUUUAUAUCUAAUGCCACCUCCCAUGUACUUAUUCAGCCUUAAAUUCCCCAGUGCUGUCCGAGACUUCGCUUUCUAUUCCAAGAAUUCUAAGAACUGUGUGGCUGCUUUUCUAUCAGAUGGUUCUUUAUGUGUCGUUGAGCUUCCUGCCACUGAUACUUGGGAAGAAUUAGAAGGCAAAGAGUUUUCUGUUGAAGCAUCCAUUUCUGAAUCACCAUUUGGUUCUUUUUUGCAUAUGACAUGGUUGGACCCACAUAAAAUUCUUGCUGUUUCUCACUAUGGGUUCAGUCAUAGUAAUUAUUUAUCUCGAACUACAUCAAGUGCGGAUGGUGCCGGUUUUUAUUUGCAGGAAAUUGAGCUUGUAUGUUCUGAGAAUCAUGCCCCUGGUACAGUGACAUGCUCAGGCUGGCAUGCAAAAGUUUCCAGCCAAAGCUCUCUGGAAGAGAUGAUUAUAUCAAUUGCUCCUAAUCCUGCUAGAAAAGGUUCAGCAUUUAUCCAAUUUGAUGGUGGAAAGGUUUGCGAGUAUGUCCCAAAGUUCGGCAUUCCUAGAGGAGUUCCAAAACAGGAUUGGAGUUUCUCAUCAACUUGCCCUUCUAUGAGUGUGGUUCUAGUUGGAAACAGUGGGCCAUUGGAACCUUUAAUUUUUGGCCUUGAUGAGAGCUGUAGGCUGCACGUCAAUGGGAAGAUAAUAUGCAACAACUGCAACAGUUUCUCUUUGUACUCAAAUUUGGAUGACCAAGUGAUCACGCAUUUAGUUUUGGCAACUAAGCAGGAUUGUCUUUUUAUUGCUGACAUCACAGAUAUAUUGCAUAGAGAGGUGGAAAUAAAAUUCGAGAAACCCAUCCAAGCUGGUAACAAGAAACGAGAAGAUCAUGGAGACUUCAUAAACAUAUGGGAAAGAGGUGCAAAAGUUGUUGGAGUUCUGCAUGGAGAUGAAGCUGCUGUUAUUUUGCAAACAACUCGGGGGAACCUAGAAUCCAUUUAUCCAAGAAAAUUGGUCCUGGCCUCUAUUUGCAAUGCAUUGGUACAGAGGCGUUUCAGAGAUGCACUUCUCAUGGUGAGGCGGCAUAGGAUAGAUUUCAAUAUCAUCGUUGACUAUUGCAGUUGGCAAGUGUUUCUCCAAUCAGCUUCAGAAUUUGUCAAGCAGGUUAAUAAUUUGAACUACAUAACUGAGUUUGUUUGUGCCAUAAACAACGAAAACACUACAGAGACACUGUAUAAAAAAUUUAUUUCUCUACCCUUCCCGAAAGAAGCUAAAGAUGACUCCAAGGGUUUUGAUUCUAAUAACAAGAUAUCUUCUGUGCUUCUGGCCAUAAGGAGAGCUCUUGAGGAACAUUCGCAGGAAGUUCCUGCAAGGGAACUUUGCAUUUUAACCACUCUAGCUCGUAGUGACCCCCCUGCACUUGAUGAGGCUUUGGAGAGAAUAAAAAUUAUCCGUGAAAUGGAAUUGUCAGGUUCCAACGACCAAAGGAGAAUGUCGUAUCCCUCUGCUGAAGAGGCUUUGAAGCAUCUCCUGUGGUUAUCUGAUUCUGAGUCUGUUUAUGAAGCUGCUUUAGGCCUUUACGAUUUGAACCUUGCAGCUAUGGUGGCAUUGAACUCUCAGCGGGACCCUAAAGAAUUCCUUCCUUUUCUUCAAGAAUUGGAAUCUAUGCCAGUUACUUUGAUGCGUUAUAACAUUGACCUUAGGCUGCACAGGUUUGAGAAAGCUCUCAAGCACAUUGUUUCUGCAGGAGACACUUGUUAUGCAGAUUCUCUGAUCCUGAUGAAGAAAAAUCCUCAUCUUUUCCCCUUGGGACUUCAAUUGAUUGCUGAUCCUGCCAAGAAGAAGCAAGUCCUUGAGGCCUGGGGAGACUAUCUUAGUGGUGAAAAAUGCUUCGACGAUGCUGCUGCCACUUAUUUGUGCUGUUCCAGUUUGGAAAAGGCUUUGAAGUCAUACCGUGCUUGUGGUAAUUGGAGUAAGGUGCUUACAGUUGCUGGGCUUCUAAAACUGGGUAAAGAUGAGAUUAUGCAAAUGGCGCAUGAGCUUUGUGAAGAACUUCAAGCACUUGGUAAACCAAGGGAAGCAGCCAAAAUUGCUCUGGAGUAUUGUGGUGAUGUUAACAAUGGGACGAAUUUGUUGAUUAGUGCAAGGGACUGGGAGGAAGCCUUGAGAGUCGCUUUUAUGCACAAUAGACAGGAUUUGGUCUCUGAUGUGAAGAAUGCAUCCUUGGAAUGUGCAAGCUUGCUUGUUGGUGAAUACGAGGAAGGUUUGGAGAAAGUAGGGAAGUACUUGGCUCGCUACUUGGCUUUAAGACAAAGAAGGUUACUUCUGGCGGCAAAAAUUCAGUCAGAGGAACGGUCAAUGAACGAUCUUGAUGAUGAUACUGCUUCAGAAGCUAGCAGUAAUUUCAGUGGAAUGAGUGCUUACACCACAGGGACCAGGGACAGCUCUGGUACAUCUGCCCGAUCAAGUGCAGCUAGCAAGGCAAGAGACGCCAGGCGCCAGAGAAAAAGAGGGAAAAUCCGUCCCGGAAGUCCUGGCGAGGAACUGGCUCUGGCUGACCACUUGAAGGGAAUGUCUCUAACAACUGGAGCUUUGCAAGAGCUAAAAUCUUUGUUACUUUCGCUUGUGAUGCUUGGCGAGGUUGAAACCGCAAGGAAGCUGCAGAGGGCUGCGGAAAACCUUCAACUGUCUCAUAUGGCAGCAGUCAAACUAACUGAAGAUACAAUAUCCAGUGAUAGCAUAGAUGAGCGCACACAGACUUUGGAUCAUUACACACAAACUAUCAGAAGUGAAGUGCAGAACUCCGAGGCUUUCUUCUGGCGGUGUAAAGUAUUUCAUUCCCCGUAAAAAGGGAGUUUGGUCACUUUAUACCUACAAAAUCUUUUAAAACGCAGCUUGUUGGACAUGCUUGUUAUGCGGAUGAAAUGUGCAUGUGAUGCCUGCCGAUGGGCGCCUAUUUGAAGCUUAGGCAAAUCUGACAUCUCUUUAGAUGGUAGCUUGCAAAUUCCCUUGCAAUGGAAUGCUCCAGAUUUCGGAUCUCCUGUCCAGUCCCAAAUUGUCAUGAACGUCGAUACACAUAAACUGUUAUCUGCAGCUGUGUGGAGUUGCGCACGUGGUGUCAUCUCGUCUGGACGGCGGUUGAAGAAGGGUAUAGGAAUGGGGUCAGGAAAGGCAAUUCCAUCUGAGUGGCAAACUGAUUCUCCAUUUUGUUUUUCAUUUAUUGGAUCUUGUAUCAGGUACUUGAUUAUGUUUUACUUACUGUAAUAAACUAAAAAGUUUGAUUUUUGGUUUUCUUUAUGACUAACCAGUGAAAUUAU